AUGGAGAUGGUGGUUCGGUCUGCUCAAAUGGUGUCUUAUUUGACUGAUCUUUAUGGAAAUGAAAAAGAAAAUGCAUCAGCUGAAGCAUCAGAUGAAAAUAACAACAUUACUUCGCUGAGGCAAUGCUUGAAGCGAAUGAAUUUGUUGAAAGAACGAUACGAGGCUUGUAAACAGACUAUGAACGAUUUGAUUUCGAAUUACGAUGCAGUAACUGAACAAACAUCGUCACUACAUAAUGUAUGUGAUCGAAUGAUGGCGCAUCAGACACAAAUUGCUGCUGGCGCGGAGCAAAUUCGUGCCAAUCUUUAUUAUUAUACGCAAUGUGAUAUUAUUAUGAAAAAACUCAUUUCGGGAAAGUUAGCAGUUACCAACCAGUCAUUUAUGCAACUUUUAGCCACAAUUGAUGAAUGUCUGACUUUCUUACAUAAUCAUCCACACUACAAAGAUUCUUCUGUAUAUAUCACUAAAUAUGAACAAUGCCUUUCCAAAGCGAUCACUGCUAUACGAACUGGAGUGAUAUUGGAUCUUGAAGCUUGUUAUAACGCUGUUCGAGAUCGCCAGUCGUUGCUUGAUGCUGAUAGUCAGAAUAAUGAUGAAGAUGAAUUUGCUUUACUCUAUGGUGUUUUUGCUGUUCGUGCUGCUUCUGUGCAGUCUUCAAUCAUUAUUGCCGAACAACGCUUUGCUCAGUUAGCCGAAUUCCAGUCUAUGGCAUUUGACUGUCAGCAGGCUUAUUUCAAUAUUCGUCGUCAGUUGGUUGAACCUGUUUUGCAGAAGACAAUUGAACAACUAUUGAGUCGAAACUCUGACAGUUCAUGUGCAUUAACUCGGAAUGGAUGUGCAUUUCUUUUGCGUUUAUGUGAUGAUGAAUUUAGGCUAUACAAACAGUUUUUCAACUUAGAAGAUACUUCUUCACAUUCAUCUCUGUCAAGUCCUGUAACAAAAGCAGUCUUCAAUCCUUUUAUUUCUUCCGUUAAUUCUUUUGACGAGUUUAUCGAGUCAUUAUGUCGUAUAUUUUACGAUGUUCUUCGCCCAAUAAUUAUACAUAAUCCGCAUUUGGAAACUCUGGCAGAACUUUGUACAAUAUUAAAAGUUGAAAUGAUCGAAAAACGAUGUGGUUUGAUGAUAUCAAUGGCAAAAACAAGAGUGGAAGAUGAUGCUGCUAUAACGAAUGAAGCAAGAGUUAAUAAAUUUUCAGUAAAUCCUCGCAGUGGUUUUAUGCGUGUGAUGAAUGAGCUCGUUGGCGAUAUUGCUGAAAGAAUAGUUUACAGGACUUCGCUGUAUAUCCAGAGCGAUAUAAUUGGAUUUAAUCCAUCUAGCGGUGAUUUGGCUUAUCCAGAUAAACUUUUAAUGAUGAAAAAAAUAGAAAGAGAGCAUGCUACCGAGACUGGUGCGGUAACCAGCACAUUGACUACAAUUUCAGUAGUCGAUCUUCAUUGUUUGUGGUAUCCUACAGUGAGCAGAUCAGUCGUAUGUUUGUCAAAACUGUUCAAAUGUCUCGAAUCAGUAGUUUUCCAAAGCAUCGCGCGUGAUCUUUUAAAGGCAUGUUGUGAAUCAUUAGAAUAUGCUUCUGAAUCAAUCAAAACGACCAAUACUAAACAAACUUCUCGAAGUCAACGUCAACUUGAUGCUGAUCUUUUUAUAGUUAAACAUCUGCUUAUUCUUCGAGAACAAACGAGCCCUUACAGGGCAACUGCCUCAGGGCUAUUCUCUACUGAUAUGAUUCCAGAACGUGCUUAUUCAUGGGAUUUGGGAAAGUACAAGAAAUCUGCUUCACAUUUGCUAUUUGAAAGGCAGAGAUGGUUCGAACUGACUUCUAACAACGCCUUCUUGGAACUUUUAUUCCAGGCUCUUUCUGAAUCAUCAGGUGAUAGUCGUCGUAUAAUCGAUCUUCAACUUAAGAAACAUUGUCAUGCUCUCAUACAACACACCGCAGAUAUCUUUAUUUCUGAAGUUGUAGAUUAUGUCAACAAGUUUGAGGCUAUGGCAGCUGAACCUGAUUUCGAUAUUUCAAAAUUAGAUUUUCUCAAGCCGAAUAAUCUGCAAGAUAUUGCUGGUCAAGCCAGUCGAAAAUUAAAACACUGUUGGCCAGAGAUCCGUUCGUCUUUCGAUUUGUAUAUUGGUGUAAAAGAUACAGAAGAUAUUUUGCUACAGCCAAUAAAGAAGCGCAUAGCUGAUAUUUUUGGUCGGCUAACUGCUUUUGUUGAGAAAUAUUAUGAUGCAGAACAGAAACAAAUUGCAUGCAUACCUUCGCAAGAAAAUAUUUGGCUCAUCAUCAAUUCUUAA